AUGGACGUGUCUGAAAACAUAGUAUCAAUAUACUAAUAGAGUGUUGAUGAAAGAGCACUUAUCAGGUCAGAUUACUCACCGCAGAGAAAGGGGAAAAAGAUACAACUUAGUGAAAAUUAGAAGUAAGAGAGCAAAUCAAACAAGUUAAUUUUGGAUGCUACUGAAACUCUGUGUAUAAAACAAAAACACAUAAGGAAGAGAAACAAGAUUUAUGAAAACAAGAAAAUUAGAAAACCCUGGAGUGCUCAGGAAGAUCAUUAAUUGCAGUGCUCCUUAUAAUUACAUGGACCUAAUUGGGUUCAAAUUGCAGCUUCUAUGAUCAAUCGAAAUCCUUCAUAAUGUGCUUAGAGAUGGAAAAGAAUCAAGCCAGAUGAUUUAAAAAAAAGAAAACCCUUUACUAAAGAAGAGGAUCAACUUAUUUUGAAAUUAGUCGCUAAAUACAGAAAAAAUUGGAGCAGAAUUGCUAAAUUCCUUCCUGAAAAAACGAGUAAAUAAAUUCGAGAAAGGUUUAUUAAUAAACUUAAUCCACAAAUAAAGUUUGAACCUUUUACUGAAGAAGAAGAUCACAUCAUCCUCAAAGCUUAUCAAGAAAUAGGCUCAAAGUGGACUAAAAUCUAAGACCUCUUGGUUGGUAGACCUGAAAAUAUGAUCAAAAAUCGUUUUUACUCCUAUUUGAGGCAAAAAUACUUGAAGAUCAAGAACCCUUAUUAUGCAAUUCCCUCAAAGAAAGCCAUUAUUAACAAGGAUCAACAAUCUAAAAUUGAUAAAGCUUAACAUAUAACAGAAGAAAAGCAUCUUACAGAGUCUCGACAAUAUAUGGAACAUUAUAAUGAUAUUCAAGAAAUUUAACCUCAAUUGCCAAUUAAUCCAUAUUUUUCAAUUCCAUACCCUAUGAUGCUUGGAAAUUUCUCUUAUCCUUAAUAUUAGUUAUAUUAAGCUCCUGUAGCCGUAGUUUACAGUCCAAUACAGCAAGGACAAUUAAAUUAGCAACAUGGUUUGAACACUUUAUUUCAACAACAGGUUUAUUUGGGUCACUAAGUAACCAACUAAUUAGUGUUUUUAUCUAAUUCUUGA